AACAAAUGUAUUUAUUUCAGAUUACAAUUCCUGGUAAUGUUAGACUUAGAUCUAUUUGUUGGAGCAAAGACCAAGGUUAUAUAGCCUGUGGAGGUGAAGAUGGUCUACUGAAAGUUUUAAAGUUAGAAACAAAAACAGAUGAAGCCAAAUUAAAAGGACUUGCUGCACCUAGCAAUCUCUCAAUGAAUCAGACACUUGAGGGCCAUACAGGUGCUGUGCAAGUAGUGACUUGGAAUGAACAGUAUCAAAAGCUAACUAGUAGUGAUGAGCACGGACUUAUUAUAGUGUGGAUGCUGUAUAAAGGUGCUUGGUAUGAAGAGAUGAUCAACAAUAGAAAUAAAUCAGUGGUUAGAAGCAUGAGAUGGAAUGCUGAUGGGCAGAAAAUUUGCAUCAUAUAUGAAGAUGGUGCUGUAAUUGUUGGUUCUGUAGAUGGGAAUCGUAUCUGGGGAAAGGAUUUAAAAGUACAGCUUCACCAUGUUGCAUGGUCUCCAGAUGGUAGAACUCUGCUCUUUGGAAUGGCCAAUGGGGAAAUACACAUUUAUGACAAAAAUGGGACUUUUAUGAUGAAAAUGAAAAUGAACUGUUUGGUGAACGUAACUGGAGCAUUCAGCAUUGCAGGAAUCCAUUGGUAUCCAGGAACAGAAGGCUAUGUAGAACCCGAUUGUCCUUGCCUUGCCAUUUGUUUUGACAAUGGAAGAUGCCAAAUAAUGAGACAUGAGAAUGAUCAAAAUCCUGUCUUAAUUGAUGCGGCUCUGAGUGUUGUGAGCAUCCAGUGGAACCACUGUGGCAACGUGCUGGCUCUUGCAGGCGUCCAGAAGAUACCUGUGCAAGAUAAAGAUAUAAAUGUUGUGCAGUUCUAUUCUCCAUUUGGUGAGCAUUUGCGUACAUUAAAGAUUCCAGGGAAACAAGUAUCAGCUUUAUCUUGGGAAGGAGGCGGUUUAAAAAUAGCAUUAGCUGUUGAUCAGUGUAUUUAUUUUGCAAAUAUUCGGCCAGACUAUAAGUGGGGUUAUUGCACUAACACAGUAGUAUAUGCAUAUACCCGACCUGACCGUCCAGAAUAUUGUGUUGUCUUCUGGGAUAUAAAAAACAAUGAAAAGUAUUUGAAAUUUGUCAAGAGUUUAAUCUCCAUAACAACCUGUGGAGACUUCUGCAUUCUGGCAACUAAAGCUGAUGAAAAUCAACUACAGUAUGUACUUGUGCUUUGUAAUUCCAUUGGCACACCUUUGGAUCCAAAAUAUAUAGAUAUUGCCCCACAGUUUGUUACAAUGACUAAAACCCAGGUCAUAGCAGCUUCAAAAGAAGCAUUUUAUAUUUGGCAAUACCGCGUAGACAAGAAGCUCACAGCAAUGGAAAUUAAUCAGGUAGCACGGACCAGAAAAGAAGGCAAGGAAAGGAUUUACCAUGUGGAUGAUAGUCCUUCUGGAGCAGGUGAUGGAGCUCUUGACUAUGCUAAGGUCCUACAAGGAACAAGGGAUACUAUUUGUGCAAUAACUGCCUCGGAUAAGACACUGAUUAUUGGAAGAGAAUCUGGCACCAUUCAGAGUUACAGGCUGCCCAAUGUUGGUUUAAUUCGAAAAUAUAACCUAAACUGUCGGCCCUACCAAAUGUCUUUGAAUUGCAAGUCUAGUCGUCUAGCUAUCAUAGACAUGUUAGGAUUGCUGACUUUCUUUGACUUGGAUGCACGAGUAACAGAUGGUUCAGGAUGCCAAGGAGUCGGUGAACAACUCAAAUUGGAACGCAGAGAUGUCUGGGAUAUGAAAUGGGCCACAGAUAAUCCAGAUUUGUUUGCCAUGAUGGAGAAAACAAGGAUGUAUGUGUUUAGAAACCUGGAUCCUGAGGAACCAAUUCAAACUUCUGGAUAUAUUUGCAACUUUGAAGAUUUAGAAAUCAAAUCUGUCUUAUUGGAUGAAAUAUUAAAGAAUCCUGAACACCCUAAUAAGGACUGCAUAAUACAUUUUGAUAUUAGAUCAUUACGAGAUGCUCAGGCAAUUGUUAAAGAAGCAGGGAUUGCAGAAUCUUCCCAGUUCAUUGAAGAAAAUUCACAUCCAAGACUUUGGCGUCUAUUGGCUGAAACAGCUCUCCAGAAACUUGAUCUUCACACUGCUGAGCAAGCUUUUGUACGCUAUAAAAAUUACCAGGGUAUUAAGUUUGUAAAACGCCUUCACAAUCUCCAGAGUGAAGCACUUAGGCAAGCUGAAGUGGCAGUUUAUUUUGGAAAAUUUGAAGAAGCCGAAAGAAUGUAUUUGGACAUGGAUAGAAGAGACCUUGCAGUUGACCUGCGAAUGAAACUAGGCAAUGGGUUUCGAGUAGUGCAGCUGUUGCAAACAGGCUCAGGCCAUGGAGACGACAGCCUCCUUGAACAGGCGCACAAUGAAAUUGGAGAGUACUUCGCAGAUAGACAGAAAUGGGCGAAUGCAGUUCCCUACUUUGUACAAGGCAGAAACCAUGAGCGUUUAGCUGAAUGUUAUUAUAUGCUGGAAGACUAUCAAGCAUUAGAAAAUUUAGCUAACUCGCUUCCAGAAAAUAACAAGUUGCUUCCAGAUAUAAGCCAUAAGUUUGUUACUGUGGGGAUGAGUGAACAAGCUGUAGCUGCCUUUCUGAAAUGUAACAGACCAAAGGAUGCAGUAGAUGUCUGUGUUAAUCUCAACCAGUGGAGUAAAGCUGUUGAACUAGCUAAGGAACAUAACAUGAAAGAGAUUGGUUCUCUUCUAGCCAGAUAUGCGUCUCAGUUAUUGGAAAAGAAUAAACCUCUUGAUGCUGUUGAACUAUAUCGUAAAGCCAAUUAUUUCUUUGAUGCUGCAAAACUUAUGUUCAAGAUUGCAGAUGAAGAGGCUAAAAAGAGAACCAAGCCUUUACGGGUUAAAAAGCUAUAUGUCAUGUCGGCUUUACUUGUUGAACAAUACCAUGAACAAAUAAAAAAUUCGCAGAGAGAAAAAGUCAAAGGAAAGACUUCAGAGGCUACUUCAGCCCUAGCUGGCUUGUUAGAAGAAGAUGUUCUUUCCACAGACAGUCGCCUGAUCGAUAAUGCUUGGCGAGGAGCUGAGGCUUACCAUUUUUUCAUACUUGCCCAAAGGCAGCUGUAUGAAGGUUAUGUAGAUACAGCAAUGAAAACAGCUCUUCAUUUGAGGGAUUAUGAAGACAUUAUUCCUGCAGUAGAAAUCUAUUCCCUAUUGGCUCUUUGUGCGUCUGCGAACAGGGCAUUUGGUACCUGUUCAAAAGCCUUUGUUAAACUGGAAUCUUUAGAAAAUCUUAGUCCAGACCAGAAACUACAAUAUGAAGAACUUGCCCUGCAAAUAUUCACAAAACACUAUCCUAAAGAUAGCAAAAAAUCAGACUUGGAUGGUCUACUUGAAGAGGGUGAAGGAAAGCUUCCAACGUGUGUUGCUACAGGAAGGCCCAUCACAGAGUAUCAGUUUUGGAUGUGCAAUAUAUGCAAGCACUGUGUUCAAGCUCAAGAAAUCAGCAACUAUAACUUCUGCCCACUCUGCCACAGUUCGGUGGCCUAUUAAAUUAUGCAGGUGAAAACAACCAUCUGUGUCUGUUAAUGUAAGUAUUUGCUCCUGGUGGGACUGGAAUGGGGAAAAUUCCCCUCAGAAUAGCUUUGUUACAUCCUCAAAAGUUGUCCCAGUUGAACCUAAAAUUUGGGAAGCAAGGGACAACUACAGGGGAAAGCAAGGGGCAUUAAGAAAUAGAUCCUGGUGUGUCUUUAUGCAUUAAUUACAAAUAUACAUGGUCUGAAAUAUUGAAGGGAGUUACGAAGAAGCAUAAGCACCCACACAAGAGCAAUUAAGUCUGUAUACUUUUAUAAAAAAAAACUAAUUUGAAUCCAGCUUUAAAAUAGGCAACUGGGGAAGGUUUUUUUUUAAGUGAAAAUAAGGAUUUGAUAUAAACAAAUAUUUGCUUUCUUGAGUCAGGAUCACUUUUGCACUGAAGUUCAAAAUAAUAUAUGUAUAAAAUAAAUAUAGAUAUGGCACUUCUUCAGCUCUUCACUGAAAAGAUAUCAGAGUUUAGUCUACAAUUUUUAAAUAUGGGUAUGUAACCCAAAUAAAAUGCAUGGGUUGGUUCUUGCUACACUUACAGUCUCUGAUCAGCUGUUUAAGCAUUGAUGGCAGAAGUCCAAGCCUUCUGAAAUAGCUUACAUUUUACAUACAAGGUUCUCGGUCAAAUUCAAGGCAUGGCCUCUUCUGGGAAAAGGCUGGGAGAGAUCUGUAACAAGAGGAAAUACUUGAUUCAGAAUAUUUAAAGCCUAUUACCCCUUUUGCUCUCUUUUUCCGCUCUGACCUUCCUUCAACACUUUACUUUUAUUCAUAACAUUAUCUCCAAAAACAGCAAAGAAUUUAGCAACAUUAACUACUGAAGCAAAACAGCAUAGCUAACAGAAGUUUUGUAUAAAAACUGACUUAAAUUUUUGAUUACCUGAAUGUUUAAUAGAAACAUAUUUCUUACAUGGAAAAGAUUAUAUAUUUGUACAUAACUUGCUCCAUAAUUUUGAUUAUGUUCAUUGUGUUAUAUGAGAAAAGAACUGUUUCUUUUUAAAUCAAUAUUUAUAUAACCUACCUUUUCUGUAGUAAUAUUGAAAUACACUGUUCAAAGAAAUCAAUAUUGUAUUUUUCCAUGAAGAAGAAACAACUGUAACUGUAGAAAACUAAAUGAUAAAAUGCAUAAAUAAAAAUAUAAAGUGGUAUGGACAAAUACAUGGUUUAUUACAUAAAA